CAAACAACAUGUCGGACAACCAUGGUCAGCGUCAGCUUGCAACAACAACAAUAGCUGUCGGUUGAUCGAAUUAUUGCGAAUUAGACUUCCUUUCAAGUUUAAAGAGUUUCAAGGUGUCGUGUAUAUUCAAGGAUACUUCGGAUUCCGUUUCAAUAUGUAAGAACUAUGGGAACGGAUCACUCUUGUCGAGUAUCGAAAAACUGGGUUUGACAAGUGUCAGAAGAGGAGAAAUAUUCUCAAAACCAGUCCAAGAUUUGAAGAAAAACUAAAGGCCAGACUGGGAUUGAUCUAUGCUGUUGGAUUAAGACAUCAGGGUUACUAUCAUCACAAUGGACCGAAGUGUUGCGUCACGCUUACAGGGCUUGUUUCAGCAGUUGGAUAAGAUAGGGGGAAAGUCAACUAAGAGCCAGCCAUGUGGGGAGGACCUGCAGCAGUUACGAUACGUCACAUCCAAAAUAUUCCAGAUUCUCAACACACAAGAGAAAAUCCACCGGGAUAGUGUGUUAAAGAACAGUGGAUACAUUGACCUACUUCUGUCUACACUUAAGAAUUCCAGUGAUCGAACCAUUGUCCUGAAUGUGUUGCAUUGUCUUAGUGAACUAAUUGGGAAAACACAGGUUGGCAAGAGGACUAGUGUCCUUGUGAACGCUAACACGACAAAUGUCCUCCUGGCGGCCAUCGUAAGAGAGUCGGAGGAACAAGCUACAUGUGAUGACUUAUUGCUCUGUUCCCAUCAGGUUCUGGCCAAGCUGGCUCAGAAAGAUCGUAAGAUUGCCCUGAAAGCCAGACUGAAUCGUGCCUUACCUGUUACCCUAAGUUUGAUAAAAAACAAUUCGUGUAAUUUCAAGUAUCUCCAGACCUAUCUACAGGUGUUUAAAUACUACACCAACAAUAGUGUAAAUGCGUCGUACCUCGGGAAACACAAUGCAAUUCCGCCAAUGUUCCGCGUCAUUCAACAAUGUGGACGAAAACACAUUACCAUGCUUAAACUUGCUCUGGAUAUCCUCAAUAACCUCACAAAAUCACGAAACAAUGCGGCCCGAACAAUAGGCGGAGAACAUGUGCCACACCUCCUUGCCCUUUACCAUGAAUGGCAUCAAAUGGAUACUAAACAUCGCCACGUGUCGGUCCGCAAGGGGAUACUCAAUAUCAUCAAAAAUAUAACGAAUCUAAAGUCCGGGAGGAAGGUGCUAGCUGAUGCUAAUGGCAUUCAGAUCCUGUACGACAGCUCACAGGAAGUCAUCGACUGUAGGGAGAUGGAAAGUCUUAUCCUAUUGGCUAGUGUCAUUAUGAGGAAAUGUUGUCCACGUAACAAACUCCCUCUCAACAACUUACAGUGUCCCACAGCGUAUGAGCUCCCAGAGAGUGAUCUUUAUCCCGAGUCCAGCAGACAAGAUUCCACCUCCAGUGUGUUUGGUUCUGGAGAGUCACAGGACAGUGAUAACAGCUCUCUGGAAGACGAUGAUGACAUUGACAGUGAUGAUGAACGCUUCAAGACAGAUCCUCCAGAGGAGGUCGAAGAGGAUCAAGGAGGGGCCCCCAUACCCUUCAAACGAACUGCCGAGGAUCUUAGGAUGUAUGAUACCUUCUUUCCCGAGCUGUUCGAAAUUGAGGUAGAUGAUGAAGAAGAUGAAAUGCCGCCUCCGAAUUCGAUCUACAUUCCAACAGGGACGUACGAGUCGUACAAUCGAGUGCCUGGUAUGGGUGAACGUGAACUUUCAUGUCCGGCUGGAAUGUUCCGUAUGUCCAGUACUAUGAGUUAUACAAGCUCAAAGAGCAGUGGAUAUAGUUCAUUACACUGUGAGGAGUAUCCAGAUAAUUAUCCAAUGGAGAGAUGCGACUCGGCCACUGCUAUCAACCUUAAAACUGGAACAAGUGUUUUUUCUCUCGAUUUGCCUCAGCCACUUCAGUCAAGCAAAAGUGCCUUGAAAAAACCAUCAAUGGUGCUUAAAUCCAACACAACUUUGUCCAGCAAUAAAAAAUCAAAAGGUUCUAAAAAAUCUCAAAAAGACAAAAAAUCAACUAAAAAAGCCAGUUCUUCUAGCCUUGCUAGUUCCAUGGCAUCAUCCACUAUCCGCGAGACUGCAGAAUUGGAAUCAGAGUUUGUGAAUUCACUGUGUAUAUCACCGGCCCCUGUUCGGGAGACACUAGACAAUAUUGACCGUGUGUUGAUGAGUUCCAGUAGUGAGGAGGAAGACUUGGACGGGUGUCUUCAUGACACGGUUGUUUUCCAGGAGAUGUCCCGGGAGACAAAGAGUGUUUACAGAUUUGAGAAAUUAGCCUAUCCCGAUCUUAUAGGGGCCAAAGGUCUACUGACCAAUGAGGCCCUGUAUCACCGCAAGUUUGGAGUCCAAAGAGCCAAGGUGUUCGAGGAUAUCGACCGAAUGAUCCACCCAGAGAAUGUCAUAGAUAGAGAGGUGUACGACUUGGAUGCUGUAGUCAAGAGAACAGGGUCAGCCUAUACGAUUCCCAACCACAACCUAGUCAACAGGGACCCUAUGAGAAUAGGGAGUCAACUGGACGUAACAGGAGCCAAUUCUCUACGAUUUAAUUCUCAGUUUGAGAGUGGAAAUCUGCGCAAGGCUAUUUGGGUGAGAGACUGCGAGUAUGACCUGAUCCUUAACCCUGACGUGAACACCAAUCAUCACCACCAGUGGUUCUACUUCGAGGUCAGCAAUAUGGUCGCCGACAUUCCUUAUAGGUUUAAUAUCAUCAACUGUGAGAAACUCAACAGCCAGUUCAACUUCGGUAUGAAACCUGUAAUGUUCUCUGUGUCUGAAGCCCUGGACGGCAAACCCUACUGGUCACGAGUCGGAACAGACAUCUGUUACUAUAGAAACCACUUCACACGCAGUGCCCAGGCAACUGGCGGUGUCAAAGGAAAAACAUACUACACAACGACAUUCACAGUCAAAUUCAAACACAACAAAGAUGUGUGUUACCUUGCCUACCACUACCCUUAUACCUACACAACCUUACAGACUCACCUGAAUGUUUGGGAGAGGAUAGUUGAUAAUAGGACCAUCUUCUUCAGGAAGCAGGACUUGUGUCAGACAAUGACUGGUAACAAUGUACCAGUACUAACAAUUACAGCCCAGCCUAAAACCUACAGCCGAGACCACGUGGAAGAACUUAAAUCAAGACCUUAUAUCUUCAUAUCAGGAAGAGUUCAUCCAGGAGAAAGUAACUCCAGUUGGGUUAUGAAAGGUACAAUCGACUAUCUGUUGAGUAAGAAGCCGUCUGCUCAGCUCCUCAGAGAAACAUAUAUCAUCAAAGUGGUGCCCAUGUUAAACCCUGAUGGUGUUAUCAAUGGGAAUCACCGAUGUUCUGUAGCUGCGGAGGACCUGAACCGGCGCUGGGAUAACCCCUGUCCUCGACUACAUCCAACCAUCUACCACACCAAAGGCAUGCUCCAGUACAUGCAGAUGAUCAGCAAAAUUCCAUUGGUUUACUGUGACUACCAUGGACAUUCUCGGCGGAAGAACAUCUUUUUGUACGGUUGUAGUCCCAGCAUGUCAUGGAUCCCGAAUGACACACAAAACCCGGCCGUGACGGGCAAUAGAGGAGAGGACAACAGCUUCAAGACAUUACCCAGGAUCCUACACUUGACCUCGCCAGUGUUCUCCUGGCAGAACUGCAGCUUUGUGGUGGAGAAAGCCAAGGAGACAACGGCUAGGAUGGUGGUCUGGCGACAAAUUGGAGUUAUCAGAUCAUAUACCAUGGAGAGUUCCUACUGUGGUAUUGAUAAGGACGGAAAGUACAAGGAUCAGCAUAUCUCCACCACCAUGCUGGAGGACAUGGGGCAGAAGUUCUGUGAGGCUCUGUUGAGGAUUCGCUCCAAAUAUGGAAGUUACGAUGUAGUGGCAUCGCUUCCCACAUCCAGCUCCUCACAGCUCGACUUGGAGGCGGGUGCCGGAGCCCGAGCUAGAGGGGAGGACCUUGGUGACAAUAUGAUAGACGAUGACAAUUUCGGAGGCGGAGAUGGUGAAGAUAUUGAUGACAUGAACGAGGAGUCAUCACUGGAAGAUGACAUCUCACAAGAUGAUGAUGAUAAUGUGUACGACGAAGACCCUAGUUGAGAUGAUAAUGUGUACGACAAAGACCCUAGUUGAGAUGAACUAUUUAGAAACUGAUAUGUAGGACAGGACAUUAUUUCAGAUAAACCAGAGCGGCCAUUUGUAAUUCAAGUUGUCAGUACUGUUUCAUUGUAUUUAGCCUUAAUUCUCGUAUUACUGCCCUCAUUAACAAGUUAUUUUAAUGGGGGUAUGAUAGUCAAUUAUUUUAAUUGGAUAUGAUGAUUGGAUAAUCAUUUUAAUGGGUAUGGUACUUGAAUAGAUAUUUUAAUGGUAUAUGGUUCUCUGACAAAGAUUUAUUUUAAUGGGGUAUUACAUUAUCUGUGUAUAUAUUUUCUUUGAAAAAAGAAAACAAUCACUACAGCAAUACACAAUGAAAAAAACAAUUACUUAUUAAUGAGGUUAAUUAAUAAACUUUUACCUAUCUGUAAAGUCUCCACAUUUCAACUGGAGCCUUCUGUUUAUAAGUGAAUUCCCCAAUCUUCAGUAAAAAAUUUCAACAAAUUAUCUAGAAGAUAAGAUAUAUUAUCUUCCCUCAUGUAACUCAUUUUAUCUUUUAAAUAGUUUGAUUACAGUACACCAAACUGAUUUCCAGUUUAUAAAGAUAGUCCAAACUGGAAAUCUCCAGUUAAUAAAGAUUGCACAAUCUCUAGUUUAUAAAGACACCAACUCGAGAUUUCCAGUUUUCUAGUUUUGACCCCUAGAAGAGUAUGCUUUUAAACUGACAAAUAUUGGUGUGUGUAUAGGGCAAUAUCAAUCAGUUUUGUGAAGGUAUAAUUUUUAUGAAAUAUAUGAAAUGAUGUACACCCGUAAUCAAAUUUAUAAAAUCAAGGAUAGAGAGAGUUAAAGCUGCAGGGACAUAUUUCAGGUCUCUGUUUAAAUAUUACCUAAUUGUGGGAAAUAUUACCUAAUUGUGGGAGAUAUUACACAUAUCAUAUUGUUAUAGUCCAAUGUGUACAGGGCAUUUUAUUGAAUGGUUUACAAAUCAGACAUAACCAGAUAUCAAAAUGCAUUUAAAUCAUUUUUAUUGAUCUCUUGAUUUAUAUUAUUUUAAUUCAUCAUCAUUUCCUCCAUUACUUCUGUUAAUAUGUGUACCAAUGUUUUAUUUAGUCUUACAUAAAGACAUUUUUUAAUUUUACAUUUGUUCAGCCAUUUAUACGUAUUUUCAACUAAAGGUGGUUAACCAGAGCAAUUGUUGACAUUUCAAUUUUCAUUUAAAUUGUAAUUAUACUCACAUUGAUUGUUUUGUUGUCCAGUCAUUGUGUGAACUUCUGGAGAAUUCUGAGAGUUAAGAUUGUCUUUUGAACAGAAGCAUUGGAAAUAGAACUUCUCAUCAAAUCAAACAUAUUUUCACUUUUCUUUUCAUAUAUAUUGCCCUUAUUAAGUUUUACUGGAAUAGAUACAAAGGGAGGUAAAUCCUGUGAACAAAAAGUCAGCCUUUAUAUAUAUUGUUGAUAAUUCCUCUGGAUUUCCUCUCCAAAUACAGUGUGUUGUGUCUGUUCAAGGGUGCAUGAAUCGGUCUAGUAAAGGACAGAUUGUGUGACUGUCUUCAGAUGAGAUGGCCAGGGUUCAAUUCCCGGUGCUAGCUUACAGUAUUCAGAGAUAUUUAAUUCAAGCUCACAAAGGGUUCCAAUUGAUUUAUCGAGGGUAUAUAGCCUUUCACAUAUAGAAAUCAAAACUAAAGGGUCAUGUAACAAUAGUAUACCAUAAGUAUAAUAUCGUAGCCAAGCCCCCUCCUCCAAGAAACGUUGUUACAUGCUAUGCUCACACCUAUAGGUUAAAGGAAUGUCAGACACCUGUGUGUAAUUAGAGAUGGCUGAUUACUGUUCAUACCUAAUAGAAUAAUCUAAUUAGCCAGCAAUAAGCCCAUGCCUUGUAAUAAGCCAGCAAUAAGCUCACUCAAGUCCAUCACAUUUCUGUAAGAAUACUAAACAAUUGUUGUCCUGAGUCGCCCUUAGUCAAAGUUUGUAGUGUCCCCUGGGCUUAUUACAGGAUGAAUAUGAUAAAUAAAUAAUGAACUAUAAGUUAGUCUGGAAGUGAAGAACUAUAGUCAUUGUAUUAAAACAAUGACAUGCAUUGGUCUAAUGAUAUUUUCUAAUCAAAAUGAAAUAGCCGAGACGUAGUGUUACGAUUUUGCGAUAUUUGGAUCUUUAGGAUUAUUAUAGUGGAUUCGUUAACUGCUACGUUACGAAUCCACACACUCACCAUACAGUAGAAAAUAUAAUACCACUAAAAUUACGCAGUAUACAGUGUAAACAAGAGAGCUAUAAUUGAAAGGAUUUUCAAUACCAGCUCGUUUCUGUGUAAAUACAUGUAUCUUUGUUCCUAUAUAUAAAUAAUUAUUUAUGAAAAAAGUUUAAAUUUGCCUUAGUAAUUCCAAAAUUUUCCCUUUGGGCAGUAUUAUGAUACUGUAUUUAUCCUCAAAUAAGCCCCCUUCUUCAUUUUUGCAGAAUCAUCUGCAAAAAUAGCAGAAUUUCAGCUUGAAAUAUUAAGCUGUAAUUUGUUUACAAGUAAGCCCUCCCCAAACUUAUAAUGAACUUUUACACUAGGAGAGGGGGCUUAUUUAAGGAUAAAUACGGUACCAUAAGUCCUCCAAACAUCCAUGGUAAUGGUUUCAUAGCUGUAAGCUGUAUGUAUGUGUGUAUAUCAUGAUAAUUCGGAGAUAACACAUGUAUGUAAGAAACCUACAGAAGUAUCAUCCGUCCAUUCUUCUAACAUAUUUUUCAUUUUUCCAUAAGAGGAUUUUUCAAAGAUGUUCUACUUGUGUUCUAUCUAUGUGCCACCAAUUUGCUAUUUCAUAUUUAAAGACGGCCUAUAUUUGUACAAAUGUUUGUUUAUUGGUGCUUGCUGAUUGUUUUUUGUAUUCAAUGCCAGUCCCCCUGUAUUGUGAUACUAUUAUGGGAUACAUCAGAUUAUUUACCCAGUAUGUAUACUACCGUGUACUUCUGUCGUUGCCUAUAUUUUUCCAUUGUGUGGCCUUACAGGUCUAAAAACACUUUCUGACAGAAUGGCAUUUCUGAUAUUUGUGAUUGUUUCACAUCUGAAUAUAUGAAUUAUUGAAAAUAUGUACAAAGUACAAAAAUGAUUGUGAAAAAUUUAAGCUUAUGAAAGAAUUCAUUAUAAUUUACAAAAUUAGUCUAAAAAAAGACUUUUUUGGGCAAAAUGACAUUUAUAUUCAUGAUUUGUUUGAAUGAUCGAAAAGCUUUUGUAAAAUAUAAGUGUGAAAAAGUCUAUGGAAAUAUUGAUUUAUUUUUCUGUGAGUGACAUAGGCUUUUUUUAUUUGUUUACCUUUUUUGAAAUAGGAUAAAAAAAAAAUGGGCCUAAAACAUAAAAAGUGUUUUUCUGGAUUUUAUUUGAAAACAUGUAUUUCUUACUGAGAUGAUUCUGUGUAUAUGUGUGAUGAUUUCAUUGUUGAAUGCAAAAAAUGCAUAAAAAUAAAAAUAAUUUUGGAACUAUGCAUUUAAAUGUCAGCCAGACACUUCAGAAUUUAGUAUUAAAAACAUGUGUUUAUGAUACUGUUUAUGAUACUGUUUGUCUCCAUGCUGCUGAUUAUGUUGAGGGAUUUAUCUGGGACUGAAAUUUAUACCUAGUUAUUUUUUUCAGUUUCACAUUAUGUUUAAACCACCUGGGGCCUAUCUUUUAAUUUGUGAUUUUCUUUGUAUAUAUUUGGUGAUGUUAUAAUGAUUAUAUAUAUGUUAGAUACCCAUUUUAAUUGAAUUUGAUGACUGUUAUAAGAUUAUACUGUAUUUGCAACAAUAAGCUCUCCUCCUCAUGGAAGUGUCCCUUUUAAUGUAAUUUUCUGGUUUUAAAAUAAGUCUUGAAAAAUCAAAAUUUUUCCAUCUAUCUUCUUUUCUGCUUUUACAAACCAUUUCUUUGAUUCAAUCUUUUGCAAUCUGCUGGCAGUUUGAACAUCAGUGUCCAAGUUUCCUCUGGCCCAAGCAUGAAAUGUUGGAAUUUUGAACAGGCAUAUACGACAUAUCUCUGUCAAAAUGUCUGUCUAGGAUUUUUUAACUGAUGUUUUUAUUCUUUUAUUUAUUCACAGAAUUCGUUAUUGUAGCCUCACUGCAACCCAUCCUCAAAAAGAUGAACAUUAAAAACUGCCUCUUACAACAAUUUCAGUAAGCUAACUAAUGGCUUAAUGUCUUAAGAGCCAAGGGUACUUAUUAUGGUAAGUCCAGAAGUUGGAUGUAUAGGUAUUGUAACUGAUUCUAGGUAUUCUGUGGCGUGACUUGAGUCAGGAAUAUGAUAUAUAAACAACUGUAUCAGUAGUAUUUAGAUGGUACUUUGAUGUAGGUAUACUGCUCUGGGCUUGGUUUGGGAAAUAUAGAAUUAAACUAGUAAUACAUUUCAAUAUUUAGAAGGCCAGUUUUUAAAUACACCAGAUUUAAUCAAAAACAUGAUACACUUGGAACUGUUUGUUUGGUUUGUAAGAUAAGAUUACAGAAUACUACAAGUAAAGGACUUAUAGUAACAGUUAUCUUCCCAGAAUGGAAAGAAUUCUGGGUUAGAGAAAGGCUUCAGGGUUAGAGAGAGUUCUGGGUUAGAGAGAGGCUUUAGGGUUAGAAAGAGGCUUCAGCUGUUUUUCAGCAAAACAUUGAUGGAAAUGCAGAACACAAAUCACUUCGUACAAUUGACCAAUCAAAAAGCAUGAUACAAAAAUACAAAGGUUACAUUGUUAGUUUACUCUAAAUAAUUCUGGAUGAAUGAUGUCUUUGAGGAAUAUGUAAGUAAUAGAAUAUUAUAUUUUCCCUUGGUAAUAACAAAUAUAUUUCAAUUAGGUAGAUAAUAUUUUGGUAUCUACAACUGACCUGGUGCUCUCAUGAAGGAAACAUAUGAGACACAUUCUGAAAAUAAUUCUUAUCACUAAAGACAGAAGAAAUAUUCUCUCAUUAUCAACAGGGGAUGGAGGUCAAUAAGAGUUAUAGAUUAUUUGUACCACAUGGUGUUUAAAUGUUUAAUGGAAGGAUAUAUGUUACUAUCAAACCAACCACUAGUGACUCCAGUCAAAUUUCAAUGGCUGCCACACGUUUGUCUGGUGAUGCUAAACAACCACACAUGUUGUUUGGUGAUACAUAACAACCACACGUAUUGUCUGGUGAUGCUAAACAACCACACGUGUUGUCUGGUGAUACAUAACAACCACACAUGUUGUCUGGUGAUACAUAACAACCACACGUGUUGUCUGGUGACGCUAAACAACCACACGUGUUGUCUGGUGAUACAUAACAACCACACGUGUUGUCUGGUGAUACAUAACAACCACACGUGUUGUCUGGUGAUACAUUACAACCACACAUGUUGUCUGGUGAUACAUAACAACCACACGUGUUGUCUGGUGACGCUAAACAACCACACGUGUUGUCUGGUGAUACAUAACAACCACACGUGUUGUCUGGUGAUACAUAACAACCACACGUGUUGUCUGGUGAUACAUUACAACCACACAUGUUGUCUGGUGAUACAUAACAACCACACGUGUUGUCUGCUGAUACAUAACAACCACAAGUGUUGUCUGGUGAUACAUUACAACCACACGUGUUGUCUGCUGAUACAUAACAACCACACGUGUUGUCUGCUGAUACAUAACAACCACACGUGUUGUCUGCUGAUACAUAACAACCACACGUGUUGUCUGCUGAUACAUAACAACCACACGUGUUGUCUGCUGAUACAUAACAACCACACGUGUUGUCUGGUGAUACAUAACAACCACACGUGUUGUCUGCUGAUACAUAACAACCACACGUGUUGUCUGGUGAUACAUAACAACCACACGUGUUGUCUGGUGAUACAUUACAACCACACAUGUUGUCUGGUGAUACAUAACAACCACACGUGUUGUCUGGUGAUACAUAACAACCACACGUGUUGUCUGGUGAUACAUAACAACCACACGUGUUGUCUGGUGAUACAUAACAACCACAAGUGUUGUCUGGUGAUACAUUACAACCACACGUGUUGUCUGGUGAUACAUUACAACCACACGUGUUGUCUGGUGAUACAUAACAACCACACGUGUUGUCUGGUGAUACAUAACAACCACACGUGUUGUCUGGUGAUACAUAACAACCACAAGUGUUGUCUGGUGAUACAUAACAACCACACGUGUUGUCUGGUGAUACAUUACAACCACACGUGUUGUCUGCUGAUACAUAACAACCACACGUGUUGUCUGCUGAUACAUAACAACCACACGUGUUGUCUGCUGAUACAUAACAACCACACGUGUUGUCUGGUGAUACAUAACAACCACAAGUGUUGUCUGGUGAUACAUAACAACCACACGUGUUGUCUGGUGAUACAUAACAACCACAAGUGUUGUCUGGUGAUACAUUACAACCACAAGUGUUGUCUGGUGAUACAUAACAACCACACGUGGUGAUUGGUGAUACAUAACAACCACACGUGUUGUCUGGUGAUACAUAACAACCACAUGUGUUGUCUCGUGAUACAUUACAACCACACGUGUUGUCUCGUGAUACAUUACAACCACACAUGUUGUCUGGUGAUACAUAACAACCACACGUGUUGUCUGGUGAUACAUUACAACCACAUGUGUUGUCUGGUGAUACAUUACAACCACACAUGUUGUCUGGUGAUACAUAACAACCACACAUGUUGUCUGGUGAUACAUAACAACCACACAUGUUGUCUGGUGAUACAUUACAACCACACGUGGUGAUUGGUGAUACAUUACAACCACACGUGGUGAUUGGUGAUACAUAACAACCACACGUGUUGUCUGGUGAUACAUAACAACCACACGUGUUGUCUGGUGAUACAUUACAACCACACGUGUUGUCUGGUGAUACAUUACAACCACACAUGUUGUCUGGUGAUACAUAACAACCACAAGUGUUGUCUGGUGAUACAUAACAACCACAAGUGUUGUCUGGUGAUACAUUACAACCACACGUGUUGUCUGGUGAUACAUAACAACCACACGUGUUGUUUGGUGAUACAUAACAACCACACGUGUUGUCUGGUGAUACAUAACAACCACACGUGUUGUCUGGUGAUACAUAACAACCACAAGUGUUGUCUGGUGAUACAUAACAACCACACGUGUUGUCUGGUGAUACAUAACAACCACAAGUGUUGUCUGGUGAUACAUUACAACCACACGUGUUGUCUGGUGAUACAUAACAACCACACGUGUUGUCUGGUGAUACAUUACAACCACAAGUGUUGUCUGGUGAUACAUUACAACCACAAGUGUUGUCUGGUGAUACAUUACAACCACACGUGUUGUCUGGUGAUACAUAACAACCACACGUGUUGUUUGGUGAUACAUUACAACCACACGUGUUGUCUGGUGAUACAAAACAACCACACGUGUUGUCUGGUGAUACAUAACAACCACACGUGUUGUCUGCUGAUACAUAACAACCACACGUGUUGUCUGCUGAUACAUAACAACCACACGUGUUGUCUGGUGAUACAUUACAACCACACGUGUUGUCUGGUGAUACAUAACAACCACAUGUGUUGUUUGGUGAUACAUAACAACCACACGUGUUGUCUGGUGAUACAUUACAACCACACGUGUUGUUUGGUGAUACAUAACAACCACACGUGUUGUCUGGUGAUACAUAACAACCACACGUGUUGUCUGGUGAUACAUAACAACCACACGUGUUGUCUGCUGAUACAUAACAACCACACGUGUUGUCUGGUGAUACA